AUGGAAAAUCAUCAAGAAAGAGUUUUAUCCCACCUAGCUGGACCUUUAUGAAAUGAAUUUGAACGUCAAUAUUAUGGCGAUCUGACAAUUGAAGACCACCAAAUAUUGCUCACUGAAGUGUUUUCUUUGCAUGAAAUCGCAAAAGAGCAUUUAAAUGUGCUAUUUGAAAUACCAAAAGCAAAGUAAUAAAUAUUAAGUCUCGAUGAAGCUCUGAUAAGUGAAAUAAAUUCAAGUGAAGUGUGAGAAAGCCAAACUGCUAUGAAAAUUCUUAAAAUUGAAACUGAAUACCUCAAAAAUCUUACUGAAAAGCUGCAAAAUAUUCUAUUAAUGCCCAAAGAACAAGCUAAAAAAAUGAUUCAAGCCCAAUUUCCUUAUAAACCAGCUGUAAAGCCUACAAAAAAGCGCACUCCAAGAGGAAUGCGUCUAUUAAAAAGGCUCGGAGCAAAACAGCCGAAAGAUACAACUAAGUAUACAUGCAAUUUUGAUUAUAACGAUGACACCCCCUAAAUCUUCAUGUCUAUUGCAACAAAAAUUUUUAGAAAAAAUCUUCAUGCCUACUGCAACACAACAUUUUUAUAAAAAAAUUAAUAGGUGAGUUUCUCAAAAACCCCAUAAAACAGCGCUGCUGCAGGCGUGUCAAUGGCCUUCUCAUCGAGAUUUGGACGGCUAUUGUCAUCGCUCGCCAUUUUAUUAAACUUAUCUAGUUAAAAAAUACGGAAAGAUUUAAGAUGCACAUCGAAAAAUUUGCUGCAAGAGGAUUAGGAUUAGGAUUAUUACAGACAGGCGCUAACCAUAUUGAUGACGCAGUCACCAAAGACCUCCCGUAAGGAAGGUUCUACCGCUUUUCGACUCCAGCCCAGAGGGUCUAUCCCUCUUACGAGUGCCCUUCCGGCACCUUCUGUCACCUCCUUGAGGAUUCAGUCUUGAGUUGGCGGCUUAUGGAUUUCUGCGGCCCUGCUACGGGCGAUUGGAGUAGCUUGAUUCCAAGGAUCCUUGGAGUCUAUCGGGUGUCAAAGUGCCUUCCAACCAAAGGCACGACUCCUCAAACCAAAGGCACGACUCCUCAGUGCACUCAAGAUUUCGGAGUUUUACCUCUCAGCACGUCCCCACGGGAGGAUGACCCUUAGGCGGAACACGCGCAGGAGCUGAGUCUGGACGAGCGACGGCAACGCGCCGGGUGAGAGAUGUGCGGCGAUUUAUCUGGCGACUAGCCUUAUAGAAGGCUUGGGUGUGGGCUGACCACAUAUUCCAAGAUGGCUUGGUGACGUCACUAGUUGUCGCUUUGACCCUUUUUUCAUUAAGGGGUGUGGGCACUAGACACCUUAAAAACUAUGUAACUAAGUAAGUAAGUCAAAGUGCCUUCCUUCGACAGCUACAGGAAAAAGACUGUUCCCCUGUGGCCUGGGCCGAAACCCCCAGUUUCUCGGUAGAGUUGCCCAUGGGUCCUCGGAUCCAAAAGACGUUGUUGAGCACCUCCAUUUCCAACCACAGGAAAGCAGCAAAAACCUACCCGGAUACACACUUCUUGAGCCUGCGUCUGAUUCUCGGCUCGGAGUCCGUCCCAUAACCAUAAGGUCUGAACUGCUGCGCCAAGAGGGCAGGUUGGCACGUGUCGCCAUUUUAAUGUAUAUAAUUUGUUGCAAGAGACAUGAAAAUUAUUAAUGCUUUAUAUAAAAUUUUAUAUUAAAAAAUUGCAUUUUUGUUGCAAUAGGCAUGAAGAUUAAAGGGGGGGGCAUCGUUAUAAAAGCAGAAAGCAUGCUGAAAGCAAUGUAUGAAAAAUUUUAA